AAAACUGUUGAUUACGUUAUGCGUCAGUCGUUUUGUUAUUUCAUCGCUGGUGUUGUUUAAUGGCGGCUUUCAUUACAUAAUACAUUUGUUGUUUUUUUAUAACCUGUUAAAACUGCUAUAGAUCCUCCUCAAUAGGAAUAUGCGUUAAGUCCGGUACUCUCUAAACCAGGCGUAUGUUCAGUACUCUCUAAACCAGGCGUAUGUUCAGUACUCUCUAAACCAGGCGACUGUGUUUCUGGACGAUUAUUUUCUUGUGUUUUUUUAUUUUUUUUUUAAACUUAACAUCUGGUUAGUUGUGACGUUAUAAGAGUUGCACCAGGAUCCAAACACUGAAGAUAACAAUUCAUUAUUUGAAGAUAAGUUCAUUUCACAGCUGCUAACAGGAAUUCCAGGCUCGGAUCACUGGAUAAUUUAUCGCACGGAUGUAAGUUGACAUUGUUAAAAAAAAAAAUUGGGGAAAUAAUUAACCUGUACAAAUGUUAAAAAUAAAAAAAUAAUCCAAUCCCCACACCGGCACGAGGUAAUGUUUGAUUCAGUGCCAUAUUUUCUUGUCCCUAUUUAUUGCCAGGAGUUUUUCAAGCGCAGAAAUGUGAAAGCAAACACACGUUUUAGUUAUCUAUUGUGAUAAGUUUUACCGUAAACAUCCCCACGUAUUCCAACCCCACGAUGAAUUGGCCCAAAAAUUGUGCAUCGAAAAAAAGCGAAAUAAGAAUUAAUUCAAAUAGCAAUAUGAACACAUCACUAGUUUUAACCCGCUAAACAAUAGUGGGGGGGGGGGGGAAGGGGGCCACAAUGCGUGAACUUUCCACCUACUUAAGUUACUUGAUAAAACGUGCAACAUAAUAAGAAUACCAAUCGGUGUAGCCCCCCCCCCCUUUUCCGCCCCCACGGGUAAGCCAACGCAUACUUUUUGUUUGUUUGCACGCCCCUGAACUCUAUAACUGUGCUAAUGUCCCCAUCCCUCUAUUUACAUACCUGAUUUGUAGCUUGAGACUAGUCUAUUUCCGUAAUGCAAAAGAAAAUGUUGCGCACCAAACUCUAUUUUAGGCCCGGUUAUCGGGAAUUUCAUUUUUGUGAAAGCGUUAGUGACAUCAUUAGUUGUUAAAUGGUUACGCAGAGAAACAUGUAUUUUUGUUAUAUAUGUGAUACAUAUUUCAGUCCGGUUGCUAGAAGCAGCUUAAACCUGCAAUGAAGUAGUAAGUCGUCAGAAACGAAUGACGUCAUUCGCUGACGUAUAUUUCGUUUGAUAAUAAAUGAAGGCCUGUGCACGAGGUCUGUGCGAAGGAUAUAGGGAAGGAAAGGUGUGUGGAAGCUUCAAAUAGAAAGACGGGGCAAUUAAAAAAAAGGGAACGUGUUUUGAAGAAACAGCGAGAAACAGAAAACAUUUCAAAAAGUCAAAUGCUUGUCAUUCGACGUUAAUGUCAUGUUUGUUUGUGAUUAACUAGAGCAGCGAACUUUUUAUUUCACCACUCCACACGCAUUGUUUUCACAAUUUAAAAAGUAAAGAUCUAUAAAUAGAGAUGAUAGUGAUUUGGUUUAAUCUGCUGGCUUACCAGCUUUCAGAUAAAAAAAAAAUAAACAUGUCCUUGUUGAUGUAUAACACAGUCCCUGGCACAGACAUUGAUAUUUGUGGAUAAUAUCUGAGGUAAUUUUACGUUGGCAAUAACAGAGAACAUUGCGAAGCUCUGAAAGCGAACUAGGGCUUUCGACGCUUCCAGACGGACUAAAAAACACCCACUUAGGAAGUCACAAUUUUUUUUUUAAAGUUUUUUUUAAAAAACAAAAUCUAUAAAUAGAUAAAGCCAUCCUCAGUAACAAAAUGAAUACAUUAUAACUAAAGUCGAUAAAUAGAUCUAUCAGUUUUUUAUUCACCUUCUUAGACUCUCAGUUCGUCUUUAUAUGAGAAAAUUGUUGUACAAAACGUUAAAGUAAGAGACAGGGACGAUAAAAGGGCAUCGUUUCGGCCAAACGCCUUCUUCUGCUUUAGCAGACAAGGCUGUCUUGUCAACUUAAAAGGAAAUAGUGAAACAAAAAACGUGGACUUUUGUCCGCUGAAGAAAGCUUUUGGCCGAAACGUUCCUCUUUUUAUCACGUUCCUCUUUGUAUCGUCCCGUUCUUUCAUUUCAAGUUUUAACAAACCUUUUCAACAACUUCCUUCAUACAGCUUGAAUGCAGUCCUUCCUUUAUUGUCUUGAUAUGAUUAGUUUAUCUUGAAGAAGCUUAUAGACUGAAUUUUUCGUUAAUUUAGCAGUCGUUCUUUAAUGGUGGUAUGGAAAUAAAUUUUUUCUAUCAAUCUUGGGAUUUGCAUUGUCGUAUGUGUAACUUUGUUCAGCAGCUGAAUGUAUGAACGCCGUUGUGAUAUCUGAGUACCCGUGUAGCAGGCGUGGAGAUUAAAGGUCAACCACUGAUAAGGGCAGACGUCCCAUGAGUCCGGGUCAUCAUGGUUGAAGGGUCGCCCAAGAGCCACCGUGUGUCUCUGGCCUACAUGGAGCUGGCGGAGUUGCCCGUCGACAUCAUUUCCCAGUACGGCAACACCAUCAUAGAGCUCGACCUCAGCCACAACAAAGUGUCGUAUCCUUCUGGUUAACCAUGACUUAAUCAUCCCGACCAUGAUCAUCGAUUAGCAUCACCUCACUAUAGUCCUGCCGUGACAUCCACACCCUAAUCAGUCUCACCAUCGCCUCAUUAUAAUCAUGCCUCAGACAUCCCCCCCAACCUAACCAGUCUCACUAUUGUCUCACUAUAAUCAUGUCUUGACCUCCCCCAUCCUACUCUGUCUCACUAUCUUCUUACCAUCGCUUCAUUAUAAUCAUGAAUGGGAUAGGUGAAAUUUAUAAAUGACUAGGCUACUUACAAUAAUUUUAUCUUUUUCAAAUAAACCUGAAAAAAAAUCCUUCCUAUUUUGAAACUUUUAACCCCUCGGGGAGACGUUCGAAGGAAGUAAUUGGAGGUUGGGGGGGGGGGAUUAUAUUACAAUAGAUAGGGGGGGGAUAAAAACAAUAUUUUAGAAUAUAUAAUGACAUGUAAUAAAUUGUAGGCCGGCUCUAACGUGUUCAACUCCUGGCUGCAUCCAUCCAUCCAAGGAAACACGAUUAAGGCAUUCUCAAAUAUUCCCAGUGAAAAGAUUAUUCUAGUUGCACCUCAGAUGGGGUACAUGAAAUCAGUGGAGUUAUUGGUAUGUAUGAUCAGAGGGGAUCAAAAAUAUAUUCCAUUGAAAACGAACAGACCUCCUCCAACCCAUCACCCAACCUCCCCAUUUCUAGAUUAUAAAUAUUUUUUUUUUUAUAUUUCCAUACGUUUUAGGUAAAUGAGUCUUAGGUGAUGAUAUAUAGCUAACCCUAUUUAAUCGGUUAAGCAAAUUCAAAUAAGACAGGGGGUGGCACUUAGUUCUGAGACACGAGUACCGAACUUUGGGCCCUAUAGGUCGGUCAUGUACCUUGGUUCCUCCUAGAAAGUAAAAUAUCCUCACCGGGUCUUACAGCCCAGGAAUACUAGGCGCUCUGAGUUCGUGGCUGAACUGCUUUCGCUUUACGAGCUUUUCAUCUCGAAACACAUGACCUUGACCACAGCAAGAGAUCUCCGCUUCCUCAUCAGCCUCCCUCGCCUCCAAAGUCUCGUGGUUGACCACAACAAAAUCUCGUCCCAUGUGAAGAUGCCGCUGUGCCGCCAGCUGCAGACUUUGUGGGUGAACCAUAACAACAUUCAAAACUUGGGUGAGUCUUCCUUUAACGCAUGUACGCCCUCUGUCUUAGAUAUGGGUGCCCUCUGUCUUAGACAUGGGCGCCCUCUGUCUUAUACAUGGGCGGCCUCUAUCUUAGACAUGUGCGGCCUCUAUCUUAGACAUGGGCGCCCUCUGUCUUAUACAUGGGCGGCCUCUGUCUUAAACAUGGGCGCCCUCUGUCUUAGACAUGGGCGCCCUCUGUCUUAGACAUGGGCGCCCUCUGUCUUAUACAUGGCCGCCCUCUGUCUUAAACAUGGGCGCCCUCUGUCUUACACAUGGGUGGCCUCUGUCUUAUACAUGGGCGGCCUCUGUCUUAUACAUGGGCGCCCUCUGUCUUAUACAUGGGUGGCCUCUGUCUUAUACUUGGGCGGCCUCUGUCUUAUACAUGGGCGCCCUCUGUCUUAUACAUGGGCGCCCUCUGUCGUAUACAUGGGCGGCCUCUGUCUUAUACAUGGGCGGCCUCUGUCUACUGUCGUAAACAUGGCCGCCCUCUGUCUUAGACAUGGGUGGCCUCUGUCUUAUACAUGGGCGGCCUCUGUCUUAUACAUGGGCGCCCUCUGUCUUAUACAUGGGCGGCCUCUGUCUUAUACAUGGGCGGCCUCUGUCUUAGACAUGGGCGCCCUCUGUCUUAGACAUGGGCGCCUUCUGUCUUAUACAUGGGCGGCCUCUGUCUUAUACAUGGGCGGCCUCUGUCUAAUACAUGGGCGCCCUCUGUCUUAUACAUAGGCGGCCUCUGUCUUAUACAUGGGCGCCCUCUGUCUUAUACAUGGGUGGCCUCUGUCUUAUACAUGGGCGGCCUCUGUCUUAUACAUGGGCGCCCUCUGUCUUAUACAUGGGCGCCCUCUGUCUUAUACAUGUACGCCCUCUGUCUUAUACAUGGGCGCCCUCUGUCUUAUACAUGGGUGGCCUCUGUCUUAUACUUGGGCGGCCUCUGUCUUAGACAUGGGCGCCCUCUGUCUUAUACAUGGGCGGCCUCUGUCUAAUACAUGGGCGCCCUCUGUCUUAUACAUAGGCGGCCUCUGUCUUAUACAUAGGCGCCCUCUGUCUUAUACAUGGGCGCCCUCUGUCUUAUACAUGGGUGGCCUCAGUCUAAUACAAAGGCGGCCACUGUAUAAUAUAUUAGUCUUUCUGCUCUGAUGACAUCCUGCUCCGAUAAUGAGAACGAUGAUCAAGUACUUUAUAUCGCUUGUGUCCAUGCUCUGAUGUCAUCCUGCUCUUUUUCUCGAGCGAGCUCUGUCGAAUUUGCAAUUUUCCACUUCGUGUCCCCUGUGAGGGUGUAACGGUGCGCACCCUUCGGUGACGCCUCUGAUUAAAUUAUCUUGGCGAUUUAAAUAUGGUCGCUAAAUCCGAGUGUCGGCGAUUCUUAGGAUAUUCUUUUAACUGAAAGUUUAGAUCAAUUGAUAAAUCCAUUUUCAGUUUAAGUUGCACAUGUGUUGAUUUGAACACCAUGAAUCCAAAGGUUAAGAAAUCGUACAGAAGAAAUUCUCCUGCACUUUAUCAUGCGCCAUGGGAAGUAGUCAAAGACGCCGCUGUCUUUCUUUACUCCAGGCAAAGAAAUGUAACCCAUGUUCCUAAAUGUAGUGCAUUAUGAACGAUGUUAAGUUUGCCGUAAACCAGAUAGUGGAACACAUGAGUGUCCGUGUGCCAAGACCCAGCCAAAGCGUACGUAAAGCCGUACGUGAGCGAUGCGGAAGUUAGCUACUACGCAAAUUAUUACAAACUGCUCAACACAAUCCUACUUGGCGGAAGCUGUUUGCAUCGAUGGAUCAAAUUAAUCAAUUUAUGACUGAAAUUAAUUCAAGUAAACAAAGCUUUUUUUUUAAACUAUUAAUUAAACGUUGAAUUACAAAUAAAACUUUACCCGUUUUGGGUUCUUCUGUAAGGAAGACACAAAAAUUAAAAUUAAAUUUCAGGACAGUUUUUUUUUUCAAAAAUCUGUAAGGAAGUUACCAUUCUUUUAAAAAUACUGUCCUGAAAUUAAAUUAUAAUUUUAAUCAUUUUUUUUUUAAAUUUUUUGGUAGGCCCUGUGGGGAGGGGGGUUGGAGGGAUAGAAGGUAAUACAGGGGGGGGGGCGCUAGGGAUGGGUCUAAUAUGCCCAGUUGGUGGUGACCGAAAAGUUUUUUGAGAACCACUGAUCUAACUAAACCGUCUAAAGAUUUGGAUCAGAUCUUUUCUUACCGUUCCGCAGGUCUUUUCAUCACGAGCCUGGCCAAAAAUUGUCCCAACAUCAGGAUCCUGUCUAUGAUGAACAACGAGGCGGCCCCGAGUUUCUUCAACGGUGGGAACUACCAGCAGUACUUGGAUUACAGGUCAGUGAGGGUUAAUCACAUUUCUUUAAACGGUGGGAACCACCAGCAGUACUUGGAUUACAGGUCAGUGAGGGUUAAUCACAUUUCUUUAAACGGUGGGAACUACCAGCAGUACUUGGAUUACAGGUCAGUGAGGGUUAAUCACAUCUCUUUAAACGGUGGGAACUACCAGCAGUACUUGGAUUACAGGUCAGUGAGGGUUAAUCACAUCUCUUUAAACGGUGGGAACUACCAGGAGUACUUGGAUUACAGGUCAGUGAGGGUUAAUCACAUCUCUUUAAACGGUGGGAACUACCAGGAGUACUUGGAUUACAGGUCAGUGAGGGUUAAUCACAUUUCUUUAAACACUGGGAACUACCAGGAGUACUUGGAUUACAGGUCAGUGAGGGUUAAUCACAUUUCUUUAAACGGUGGGAACUACCAGCAGUACGUGGAUUACAGGCACGCCAGGGUUGCAAAUCGCAUCUUGAUCCACCCAACGAAACCUAAUCAUCAUUACAGCUCAAGGAAAGGUCCCCAGAUGAAACUAGAUCAAAUUUCCCAAAAUAUAGCUAGAUCUAACGUCCCAAGAUGUUGCUAGACCAUAAGUCCCGGAAUCAAUGCCCGAGAAUGACCUGCGGCCCACAACGUAUUUUUGUGGGUUUUUCUUUUUUAAAUCUAGAUCAACGGUGGCCAAACCGCGGCUCGUGAGCCGCAUGCGGCUCUUCUGUGUUCACGUUGCGGCUCGCGAACAAUUUAUGAAAUUAAAACUUUUCGUUUGAAAUAUAUAAUAUAAAAAAAAAAUUAAUGAAAGUUUAAAAAAAAAAAAAAUCUUGACUGAAACCAAGGGUUGAAAAUACUUUGGGAUUGACUGUAACGCGUGUAUUUCUUCAACAUCCGGUUAGGGUUAAAUCAAUUGAAAGGUUAAAAUCAUCAAAUUCGAAUAAAAAGUCAUUUUUUUAAAAUAAAUCACAAAAGGAAAUUUUUUCAUGGCGAGUGGGAUCGUGACCCAUAGUGCUUCAAUGCGGCUCUCAACAAUUUCUUUUAUUUAAAAAAAUGGCUCUCAGUUACUACAGGUCUGGCCACCCCUGAACUAGAUCAAUGUUUCCCAAUGUGGGGGCCCACGACCCACAGGGGGAAAUUUGAUUGUUAAGGUUUUGGGGGGGGGGUAAUUUUUUUUUUUUUUUUUUUAAAUGCCAUCCACAAUUUGAAAACCAAUCGUCUACUACGAUCUAUCUUGUAUUUUAAAAGGAGAAUCACUUUAAAAAAAGCUUUCAUAGUGUUGAAAACAAUUUAAAUUUUGAACUCCGGUAUUAAAAAAUGAUGUUACAUAGGUUGGCAUACUAAUUUUUGAGAGAUUUAGCUUAGGAAAGGCACCAAAAAAAUUGGGGAAAACUGACCCAGAUCCUGUGUUAUGUGCAAAUCACAAUCAACAAAACUAUACUACCGGUACUGUAUCCCCAUUAGUAAUCAAUCUUUCAGACAUCGUGUUCGCCUGAGCUUCCGUUUUGAAACUUAUUUAUUUUUUACAUUGGCGGUUGGGGGAAAGUGUGUGUGUGGGGGGAGGGGUAUGUUAUCUCCCCCAUAUGCUUCCUGAUCUGCUAAAGUAAGCUACUCACUUUUAUAACUCACUGUUUUUUUUUUCCGCAUUCUCAUCAGGUACUUCGUCAUCAGCAGUCUACCCAAGCUCGAGGUCCUCGAUUACACGGCAGUGACCCCGGAGGAGAGGUCAGAGGCCAGGAGGUUGUACCCCGUGUCUAUAGUGCAGCCGGCCAAGUCGGGCAAGCGGAGGAAGAAGUCGAAGUCUUGACGUCACUGAACUCAUCCAAGCACCGACCUACGUCAUCGAUACAUUGAAUUCAAUUACUCACGCAUUCAAUACAUUUUAUUCGUUCAUUCACCGGCGACCUACGUCAUCGAUGCAUUGAAUUCAAUAUUUCAUUUCAUCAACACAUUUAAUGCAUUCUUUGACCUACGCCAUCAAUAUAUUAAACCCAUCAAUCAUCCAAAUCGUCUAUUUUAAGGCCAAAUGUAUAAAUUGGUUACCGGAAAUUUGAUCGAAAGAAAUUUCUUCGACGGCAAACUGAGCGACAAAAAUUUGAUCGAACGGAAAUUUGGUCGAAGCUUUUUCUUUUUUUUCCAGUUCACACGUUAAAAUUUUCGUCAACUUUCUUUUUGAACGCACUAUAACUCUAUAGUCAAACAAGGAUAAGACGUUCAAAAAGAAAUCUGAAGAAAAAAAUUUAACGUAAAAUCUGAAGAAGAAAAAAAGAUCCGACCAAAUUUCCGUUCGAUCAAAUUACCGUCCGAUCAUUUUACCGUCAACGAAAUUUCAUGCGAUCAAAUGUCCGAGUGCGGUAUAAAUGGCCCAUGCGUCAAGAACUACCAACAUGUGUCAUCAUGUAACACCGAUGAAG